AUGAUCAACAGAAACACCGUACAGCCCUUCACGUUGCCUAGAUGGAUCAUUCUGAUGGAAGAGUACCCAGAAUUCAAAAUCAUCAACCAGCUCGUCCAUCAACCAGACACCUCUGUCGCAGAUGCACUCGACCAAUUCUCCCGACUAACGUCUUCUCUCAUCAACACAGAGAAUGCAGAUCCAGUCGGAGUGCAUCCAUGGCACACAUUCUGCUCCCUCAUUGAAGUCGCCAAGCGAACAGGUCAUGACAAACAAGCCAAGUUGGUUGAGUUUGUCGUUAGCUUGCAAAAAGUCAAGGUUGUAAACCCUACAACCGGAGAGCAGCUCAAGAGCGGCGGCCAGCUUCUUUGGACGGAGAUGCCAACUCUUGGCUACACUGCCGCGGAUGAUUGGAAUGAAAUCGAUGUAACGGAUGCAAAUACUGUCCCCGAGGUGCUACAUCGAUACGAGAAUUUUAUCGCUCUACUUGCACGAAUGAGCUCCGCUGCUCAUGUCGACUAUAGUGACUCGACAGUGCCUGAAAUGGACUUUUCGUUCUGGUCCAUGAGGGCAUUCAAGGAAGCAUUCGAGGGUCACACCCAACAAGCUCCCGCCGACGCGGCUGUUUUCGACCGCCGUGGAGAUGACGCUGGAACUGUUAUGACGCAAGAGAUGUGGGAGAGUUGGGAGGAAGCUUUGCGUGGACUUCUGGAUUCCUGUUCCCCGGGUUCAAUUGGGCUUGUUGACAGGGCUCUUUCACGCAUGAAGGAUGCUCGGGGAACUGGCUUGGCAAAUAGGUCAACUUAA